UAGACUCAAAAACCUCAGUGAAUCCAGUUAGCAGACCAAUAAACAUAAUACCUGCUUCUAAGUCAGCUACAGCAUAGAUAUGGCAACAGGUAGGAAAAGCUACUCCUCUACUUCAUAUCGCUAAACCUUACUUUUCUAGUAAAGGCAAAGGUACUUGCAUGCUCGUAUUGUUUGUUUGUAAAGUGUAUGCAGACUCUUAUUUAUCUAUAAAAUGUGAUACUUGAAGAAGUUUAAGUCCAUUACUAUGAUUAAAGUGUCACGUAGCUUAAUUGAAGCAAGCUGGCAUGAGUGUUAUUGAAGCUUACGUUUCUUUAUUUUACUUUGUUAUUUUUUAUUGUUAUACAUAGAUGAAUUUCAGUCUUGUGUUUUUAUUUAAGGAUGCUGGAGCUGUAAGGUAAGGUGGGGAACAAAAUUGAAUUAUUUGGCUCAAACUUGGCAAUGGAAGGUCUUGAGACUCUAAGGUUUCACAUAUCAUAAAGCCGACACUACCAAACAAUUCCAAGUUUAAUUUCUUUCUUGCAAAGUAUUUGAAGCCAACAACUGUUUAGUCACAUAAAAUAAGUCAGGAAUUGUAGUAUGGUGAAUAUUUCCCUCUUUAAGUACCUUUUCCAAUCUCAUUGAUUUUAGACAAGUAAUACGAUAGGAAUCUAUUGUGUUUGGCUUCCCUUUUGUAAUAUGUAGGUGACUAUACUUAAAGCCCAACUAUAAUUGUAACUAUACUAAGUAUGUUUACCUUUUCAGCAUUAAAAGGAAGACUUACAUGUAAAUUGACAUAACCUUUUUCUUUAGAUGUGAAAGUAGAGUGCCGAAUUUGUGUCAAAGGGUACGAAGAUAUUGUUAUUGCCAGAAAGAGUGUCCGGGGACAGUAUAUUUCUUUUUUUUGUUAUUGAAUUAAAGCCUCUCAUUUAUAGUGACAUUAAUCUUUCAUCAUUAAUAUAGGCUGUACUAAUUAAGAUCUAAUUUACCUGACAGUAUGAAGCAAGCAGUUACAGGAGAUGAUGGGUACUAUCAUCUACUAUGAUACAUUGUUCAAAAUGUGUCCUUGAUGUCCUGCAUCUGAUUGAGCUAAUGUUACUAUUAUUAUGUGAAAGAAGGAAAGCUCUACCAAAGAACCUCUAGCCAUUAGCAUCGAGGCAGAUUGAGUGCUUCCCUGGAGAUGCUUCCAACAGACAUGUCAUUGAAGCUAUUCUUGCUGGAAACAGAGAAUUUUUGAAGCUAUGGACAGUGGUAAUGAUAUUAAUCAUAUGGAUGAUGUUGGUAAAACUCUAUUGAAUUGGGCAUCAGCAUUUGUUACACUUCAAAUGGUUGAAUAUUUGCUGGAGAAUGGUGCUUAUGUUAAUCGUGGCUUAAAGUCAUCAUCUUUACAUUAUGCUACUUGUUUCUGUCGUCCUAGCAUUGCUAAGGUACAGUGUAUGGUCAUUCUCUCACUGUUAGAUCUAAAGAGAGCUCAGUCUCUCAUUUGGUCUCUUGAAAUAUCCCAUUUUUCUAUUAUAUUUAGCCUAUAUGCAUGUGUUGCAAGCACACAGCUACAAGGUGUGGUAACAACCUUUUAUCAAAAAAUGAGAUUAUAUGAAUGA